AUGUCUGAUUGUAAUGCGAGUAACCCCCCUCCUCUCAAUUUGACUGAUGAAUGCCCGCCUCUUUUCUCAGGAAAACAACCUACAAUGUCUGACGCCAGUGUCAAUUUUUGGGUUGCAACAAAAUACACGAACUCAACCGAAACGUCUACGUCCCCUCAGGUAAAUCCUUUUCAGAUGCUGAGAUUUAGCGGUAACGAACGGCCAUCAGAACUUACCAGUAAAGAAGCAGGGGUAGUAGAUGGCGAGAACGGUGAUAAUACCAUAACCCGCACGCAUUCGCCCCGACCAACGACACCGGGGUCUUAUACUAAAAAAUCCUCACCACCAUUAUCAACGCGAACAAGACGCCAUUCCUUUAUAUCACCAGAUGAAAAACCGCCGAAAGGCACCAAUUACAUGCCACUAACACCCACCAAAGUUGUUACCACUGCAGAUGCUGCCGCUGUGCUGGCUGCCUCACUUGCACCAUUAAACUACGAUAAGAAGAUGCACCAUCAAACCCAUUCCCACAAAUACACAUCAGAUGAGAAGCCUAAAAAACAAUUGAAGCGGAGUGUCAGUUUUAACCAUUCUAACCAAUCGGUCUCCCCUCGUGUUGCUCCUUACAUUGACGUAGCCGAAGUAUUAGCCACAACUGUUUCUUUCGUUCGUGAAAAUAACAAGAAACUCGAUAGACUUUCGGACGAGGUUAGAAGUGAAGGGCUUAGUAGUGAUAACGACGCGGACUCCUACCUUAGCGAUGACAGCAUCGAUUCGUGGCCACAACAGUCUGGCGUGAAUAACCGUGAGAUUGAGAAUGAGAUCACGAUGUUGUCCGUUCAAUUGGACUCAAUGGAGCAAAAGUAUAAAGAACAGCUCAGAGGUAAGAACAAACUGAUCGAGGAACUUGAACGUGCCUUGAGAAAACGUGAGAAGGACGACAAAAAGAAAUCUCUAGAAAUCGAGCGUUUGGAAGGUCAACUUGAGGCUUCGAGGAGAGCUAUUACCGAACUGGUCGAACAACAGCAACUCGAAGCCUUCAACAGUACGUCUCGAACAGAUUCCUCGGAUCCCGAACAAUCUGAGUCUCUUAAACUCUUUGAACAAGAACUCGAGGAAAAAAAUAGGAUCAUCGAUGACCUUACCAAAAAGAUUCAGAACUCCGCAAGGCGUAUUAAUGAGUCAAAAGAAAAAGAAAAAAAGUUUGAGGCCAUAUCCAAUCAACUUUUGAAAUAUCAAACCCUCGAAUCAGAAUGGCAAGAUAAACAGAAGACCCUUGAUUCCUUGUCCUCCCAACUAGAGAUCCUCAAGAGAAGAGAGGCCGAGCUUCAUGAAAAAGAUUCACUGAUCGAAUCUCUCAACAUACGACUGGACACCUCCCAAAAAGUUAUUGCUGAAUUGAGGGAAAAACAUGCGCCACAAGAUCUAUUACGACAGCUCCGUGAGAAAGAUUACAUGAUCGACCAUCUCACACAACAAUUCGAGAACAUCGACGCCGACAUAAAAGACAGAGAUGAUGAGAUCGAGUUACUUGCCUCUAAAUUGACCACCGAGUCAAAAAAAGUGGAAAAGUUGAAAGAGCAAACUUCUCAGAUUGAUCCCUUGAAAAAGCGUCUCGAAGAAGCGGAUGACCUUGUCUACGACGUGCGCCAACAGCUGUCACAAAAAGAGAGAAUGCUCGCCGACCUCGAAAGAAAAUAUAAGGAAUCUUUGCGUAAUUCAUCGGAGAGUGUCGAGAAGUUGAAAUCACAGGAGCAAUCCGUCGUUUCCCUCCGUCAAGAAAUUUCUCAACUUAGACAAGCCAUAAAUGUUCAGGCCUCUGAAGCUCGUGAGAGGGACAGAGUCAUGGCCUCCCUUAAAGACGAGAAUGCCCAUAUGCGAUCAAAUUAUCAGAACCUUAUCAAUGCUCUUACCGAAAAAGAUCAAAAGAUUGCGCAACUUGAACAAAACAUAGAGAGUUCCCAAGGUCCCGCGAAAGCAGAUCCGCAAGAAUCAAAGGUCAAUAAGCUAACCGCCUUAAAGAAGGUUUUGGACACCAAAAUUGAGACCUGUAGAGAGUAUGAGAAGAAGAUCGGGGAUCUGGAAAAGGAAUUUGACAUCAUAAAGAAACAAUUAGAAGAGUCAAAGACCUCAAGUUCCGAGAAGGAGAUUAAAAUUGCCAGGCUAGUUAAAAUGAAUCGUCAGCUUAAGGAGGAGGUCACGGAAUUGAAGGAAAAAAUGGAGGCGAAAGAACAGGAGUUGAUCACCAUCAAAUCUCGCAUUCCGAAGCCCGCCCAGACGAAGUCUCCGGCUUCCUCUGUAAGGUCUGCCUCCAAGACUCCCAAGUCCAGAGUGUCUUCGAUGUAUAGCAUUAGUGGUGGCGAGAGUAGUGGUGACGAGACGGCUAACGGAUCCCGAGUGCGCAGGCCCGCCAGUUUAAGCGGUAUUGAGAGUCCAUUAAGAAACAAGGUUUCACUCGCCUCAUCGAGGAGACUCUCCGACAGCCCACGCGUUGCAUUGACCAGAACGAAAUCUUCGGCUUCCACGUCAUCGAUCCAAAGUUCCAGAAGCAAGACCAUAUCGCUUCCAAAAUCCAGGGUGUCCUCCACCCCUGGAACCGUCGAAGAUGUUCUCAAAAAGAAGCGCGACUCCACGAUUACCCCCAAAAAGGAACCUAGUCCGAUCAAUCGUUCCGCUGUUAGCCAGAGAAAACGUGACAUGUCUGUUUUAAAUCACAUGCUUAGCGGUGUUGCUCCGGACAGAAAGAACAGGUUGUCGACGCUCGCAGCCCAAAAGGCCACUUCCGAAAAAGGCGUGGCUAAGAAGAAGCCGACCGAUACAAUAUCUAGUGACAGCGAUCGUGAAGUGAAAAGCGGACCCACGAGUAGACGCUCCAGUGAUUUGGCCACGAUCAUGGAGAAGAGUCGACCAAAGGUGACCAGAGCAUCGGCUGACAAAAAGACCCUCGUCCCACCGGCAAGAACUUCUUUGACCAGACCCCUGCCUUCAAAAAGGUCAUCGCCAACUGCGUGA